GCCUGUAUUUCCGCUUGUGUUGGACGGUCCACGGCGAGAAUAGCGCGUCGACACAAAUUUAGGAGCGUAACUUCGUGUUUCGCGGUUGUGUUCGAUGAUCCGAGGCCCAUAAACUCGUCCACGACGAUCAAUCAUCGGAAUAAGGAGAGUGGAAGAAGAGGGGAUGGAAGAGGAGGAGGGAAUAUCGGUGUUUCCAAAAAAAGUGUAUUUUUCACGAAGUGAACAACGAAGAGAUAAAUACAAGAGAGAAUAGAUAAAUAAUCUGUAAGGAAUAUUUUUUUCGAAUUUACAAAGAAUCACAAGAGGAUAAUAAAAUCGACACGUGAAAUAGAAGAAAAGAAAUGGAAGCCACUGAGUGGAACGUAACUGAAGAAAGAGACAAAAAUAGUCGAAAUGGAUGCUCGAAAGAAAUAAUGAAGACAACGUUUGAGAAUUAAAGAAGAGAACAGAAAUCUUUGAAAAAGCAGCUUCGUGAAACGUACGAGAAGCAAAGAAGUAUUUCCUGUAAAAAAAGCAGAUGUUUGAUAAAUUAUGUAAAAGAAAGUUUUGACGAGAUUUAGCCACGUGCUAAAUAAAUCCAAAAACGAUAAAUUAGAUCAAUCUGUUAGGAUUUAAUCCGGAUAUGGAAAAUUUUGGAAAACGUUGAAAAAGGAAAAAAUGUCGCUCUCUAUAAAAUAUUAAAUAAAUUUAAGAUUCGCACAUAAAUUAAAAAGUAAAUUUUAGUAUAUCAAGUAUCAACAAUACUCUUCGAUAAUUGAAGAAACGAUAAAUUUAAUUGGACAAUCGUGCACUCGAAAUAAAAAUAACAUUUCCUCAAAUAUUUGUUGAAACGAGCUUUGACUCGCGCUUUUAAAAACGCAAUAUGGCAGAUCGUUAAUUUCGUGAACCGACAUUUAAUCCGACGAAGGAAGAGGCUGCCGAAUAGAAAUCUCUAAAAUUCAAAGGCGAAAUGGCGAGUCGAAUGAAAGCUUUGUACAACCAGGUUAUAUUCGAGAGGCGAAUCCUUCUCGGUUGCACGGUCCUCGUGGGUCUGUCGGUAUGCAUAUGGUCGGUCGCCAUUGGAACCGAUCAUUGGUUCACGAUCGAAGCUCCGGAUAAGAACGGUUUACCAAUCGGUGACCCAGCUAAAGGAAGAAGAUUAAUCUACAAGAAUAUGGGUCUCUGGAGAGGCUGUGUUCAAGGGAUAGCACCUGAAUCUGAAAACUCCACCAAGCUGAUCCCCUUCGAGGAGUGCAAGAACCAGGAUAUGUUCCCGACCGAGAAACAGUUCAAAUUGAAUCCGGGGUUAAAUACAGUAGUCAAUUAUUCGAGGACACAGGUAUCGUUCGCGUUAAUCAGCCUGUUCGUGAUGGUGAUGGGCUUUUUCUUCUCCAUCUACACGUUCCGCAACCCACGAUACAUGUUCAAGCGAUUGGCCGGUGGAAUACAUUUCAUUAGCGCCGCGUGCAACAUGGUGGUGAUACAAGUUCUCCUCUCCUCGAUCGAGUUCGAGAGCAAACACGUACACACAACGUUCCCAAAGGGUGCGAUCCUCAAGUACAAUUUCUCGUUGAUCCUCGCGUGGAUCGUGUUCCUGUGCAACCUUCUCGCCGGAUGCGCCUUCAUGCUGUUCUCCAGGAAGCGGAAGAGGGACAAGGCGCCCACCGAGGAGAUCGCGAUGGCCGACGAGCCGACCAUCAUCGGCCGUUGAUCUUUUUUCUUUAAUUAAUAAUUACGUGAAACGAUUACCUUAUCGAACAAUCAUUGAGAGAAUAAUUUUUGUGAUCGAGUGGAAUGUAUGAUUUAGAAAGACUCGAAUCGUGUCGUGUAGGAAUCGUUCCCAACACUCGUCUCGAGCGAUAAACUUUCGAUGAUCGAAGCUCGUCGUAAAAAAAAAAAAUAAUAAAAAAAAUAGAAAGAAAAGGAAUAGCUUCGAAAUGACUCGAGCUUUUUGCGUGCAUUUUGCGAUCGUUGCGAAUGAAGAGUUGAAUAUCGUGGUGCAUUUGAACGUACGUAUGAUUUAAUGAUUCCGAUUUUCGAAAUGAGAAUACAUAAAACGGUGAAUUAUUUGGAAACUCGAACUUUCUAUUUAAAUUCUAUCAUCGAGUAGGAUGUGAUUAUAUAUCGUAUAAACAGAAAAGAGUAAUACUACUCGUAUUACUUUAUUUUUCAAUAAAUAAUUGUCGAAACACGAACGAACAGAGCGUUUUUUUCCUCACGCUCAUCACGUGUGUCAACUUGGUUUCCGUGAGUAUUGUUUGCGUGGAUUCGAGCGAAUGAAUCAUCAAUUAAAAGUCGAAAACAAAGGAUGCACCUUGAUAUCCGAUUAUCCUCCGACUGGUUCCAACAAUACGCUCGUGGUUGAACAUUGUUUAAUAAUUUAACUAACUGAUAAAUACUAUUGUUGUAAAGCUAUUUUUGUAUCACGAAGUUUGGAUUACCUUAUUGAACCCGGGACCAUCCGAAGAUUAGUCGAAAAAUCUUUCUCGUGGCGAGAUCAAUUUUGCAUAAAAAUUCUAAGAAAAAAAAGAAAAAAAGAAGCUUUUCGUGUAAAUAAGUUGAUUCGAUGUCGUGUUUAAGAAAUGUAAUACAGUAUAUAAUAUCGUACAAUCAAAAUCUACGUAUCACGUUGAUAUUUUAUACUCAAGACCCGUAUUUUUCUACCCUCUUCGAUAACUUCGUCUUCGAAUUCUAAAAAAAGAAAAAAAAAAAGAAAAAAAAAAGAAAUAUAAUAUUCCGAAUUAUUUUUUACUAACUGAUAAACGCGACGACGACACAAUUUUUUAAUGAAAAAAAAUAUUUGUCUAAAUAUACUUAUUCGUACAUAGAAAAAGGAUGCAAUGUUCUUAGGUAUAGAAAUUUCGAAACGAAACUGGCACUUUAUAUAUUAUAUCGACUACCAGGGCGUAUAUAUACAAGUUGAGAAACUAUUCUGCAACGUUAUACGUCGCGAGCGAGAAUCUGCGCUAAUUAAAAUAAGGAAACAAUGUUCAACUUGGAAACUUGACGAACCAGUAAUUGCGGGGACGAGAAGUGGAAUUAUCUCGAGAUAUUCUCGAGAAUGCUAGAAUUUCCAUCCCCGAUAGGAUGGAAUUGUGUCAUUGUGAUUGAAACAUUUUUAAUGGACGAUCGAUCGUUAAUAGAUAAUUAAUUUUAUGAAAAUACUCGACAAACGGAUGAACGUUUGUCCACAACUUUGUACUGUAGAUUCAUAAUUUUAUCACGAGUUUAAACGACAAUUUAUUUUAAAUUGUUUAAAUCGUUUGAUCGAAUUUUUAUUAAUUGUUAUUAUUUUCUUUUUUUUUUAAAUGAAAGGUAUUACGGUGCAAAAUGAGAUGAAAUGUCUCGACAAAGUCGAUUAAAAUGAUUCUAGUCAUGAAAAACUUUAUGUUUUACUAAUUGUACAAUGACGAAACGACCGGAAUGAAGAUUAUUUUCUAAUCGAGAAUCUGUUUAAUAUCAAAAUAUAUCGUGCCACCUCGAGAGUGAUUAUUUAUUAUUAAGUCCACUAUGCUAGUCGAUAAAGAUAUAACGAUCAUAAACAUACAACGUUUCACGUUAAUUUAAGGAUUAUAAUUGAUCCUCGUUUAAACAAAGUUCAAAGACACGAAUCGUGUGUAUCGUCGUUGUGUGAUCGAUUUUAAAAAAAAAAAAAAAAUAUUUACUUCGCCUAUAUAUAUAAAUAAUUUCACAGUCCAAUCUCUUGCUCGAUCUCUAAGGAUAUUUGAGAAUGGUGCAAUGGAGUUAAGCUGUAAGUAUGAAAGAAUAAAUUGUCUUUGUAUUUAUAUGAAUAGUAUAUAUAAGUAUAAAUGUUUCCAACGUACAUUUUUUUUGAAACAAGAUAUAUCCAGGUUUCUUGCACCAUUCUCGUUUUCGUAGUAUACGAUUACAGGAAGUUUAAUCGACUUUCUCGUGUCGUAAGAAUCGAGAUUUUUACAACGACGAGGAAUCGUGUCGUAAAAAAAAAAAAAAAAAUGAGUUAAGAUCACGAGGAUAUUUGAGAACUCGUCGAGAAAAUGUUAAUCGUUUUUACAAUAAAUUCGUCUACACAAAAGGCAAAUCUAUAGGCCAUUCGUAUAAUUUGUUACUCUUAUCUACGCACUUUGUAGUUGCUUGAGUUUCGAGUUUUGUUUUCCUUCGUAUCAAAGAUUAUGUGAAUCAACGUUCGCUGAUCGAAAUUAUUUUUGAUUUAUUGCGAAAAAAAUAACAAUGGGGAAGAACUUGGUACGAAUUGCGAAACAGAUAAAUAGAUAGAAUUGCGAGACGAACGAAAUAUUAGAGAAUUUUUAAUUAAACGUAAAUGAGAUUUCAUCGAUUUAUUUUGAUUAUUUUAUAAAAAUAUAUUAUAUUAAUAUAAUAAUAAUUGCUUCGAUUAGUGAACAUUGAUCCCAAUGAAUGAAGUGCAAAAAAAAAAAAAAUAUCCGAUUGAAAGUUCCUUCGCCUUUUGCUUGUUCAAUAUAAGCGGCUGCCCAUGUAUUCUGAUAAAAGACAUCUACUUUAUACACGUGUACAUGACAUGAAAAUAAAUGUAAUUGUUCUUUUCCACGAUCUAAAUAAAGGGUAUUCACAAGUACCAAUAAAAUGUU